UGGGCAUGUGGUCAGGGUCACAUGACAGGAAAGAUGGCUGCUCUGCAGGAGAGUGAGUUCACUGCACUGCAACUGUUGUUAAAGGCUCCCUCGAAGGAUGUAGUUCAGAAGCUUUGCAGAGAUUCCUUCCCGAGGUCAUCCAUUGGCUCAGGACAGUUGACUGACAGCGUUUCCUCCAGUCUAUCAAUUACGACAGAAGAAGCAGCACAGGUGGUACAGGCUCUGCACACUCUCACACAGCAUGUGGUGUACAAAGGCCUGACAACCGCCGAGCAGAUACUGUCCGUCUUCCCGGGUGACUUUCAUCAGAACCUAAAGAACCUCCUGACCAAAAUUAUUCUGGACAAUGUAUCUGCGUGGAGGAACGAAGCUCAGAACACGAGCAUCGCGCUGCCUCGCCUUGUAGAUCUGGACUGGAGGGUGGAUAUAAAGACCGCAUCAGAUUUUAUGACGCGGAUGGCUGUGCCGACGUGCCUGCUACAGAUGAAGAUUCAAGAGGACCCGGAUCUUUGUGGGCUUGACCCGCCGACGUCCACACUGACCAUGGAACUCAGCAAAGAAACCUUGGACACCAUGCUGGAUGGAUUAGGCCGGAUAAGAGAUCAGCUGUCUGCAGUGGCGAGCAAAUAAUAAACGCGGCACAGGAGGGGUGUAAAAAUACCGAACUCUGCACUUAAUGAGGGCCCCUGUCACCGGGAGAUUGAACAGGACCGGCACUUCUGCCAAACCACCCAGAACUGUACUAUUAUUUUUUGUAUUCUA